AGUAAGUCGAUCCAAAAUAGGAGUACGAAUAACAAUGGAGUUGACUGGAAAAAAUAUUUGUUAUGUGGCUGACUGUGGCGGUAUUGCUUUUGAAACGUGUAAAGUUCUAAUGACAAAGAAUAUUGCUAAAAUGGCAAUUUUACAUAGCGUAGAAAAUCCAAACGCAAUUGCACAGCUGCAAUCGAUUAACCCCAAAACCCAAAUAUACUUUUGGAAAUACAACGUCACAAUGGAAAGUUCUGAUAUGAAAAAGUAUUUCGAUGAAGUAAUAAUACAAAUGGAAUACAUCGACAUACUUAUCAAUGGUGCAACCGUGUGCAGAGAGAGUGACAUCACAGGAACCAUUAAUGUUAAUUUAACGGGUCUUAUUAACACAACAGCAACUGUUUUGCCUUAUAUGGACAGAAGCAAAGACGGCAGCGGUGGUUUAGUUGUUAAUAUUGCAUCUGUGACGGGAUUAGAUCCAUCGCCAGUGUUUUGUGCUUACAGUGCAGCAAAAUUUGGUGUAAUUGGUUUUACCAGAAGCUUAGCGGAUCCAUUGUAUUAUGAAAAAACUGGUGUAGCUGUUAUGGCUAUAUGUCCAGGUCCAACAAAAACAUUUGUGCGGCACAGUAUGACGGCGUUUUUGGAACAUGGUACAGAAUAUGUGGACAAAUUAAAAGAUGCACCAUGCCAGCCAACUGCGAUAUGCGGAAUAAAUAUCGUUAAAGCAAUUGAGAACGGUGCUAAUGGACAAAUCUGGAUCGCAGAUAUGGGUCGCUUAGAGUUGAUACAACCACGACUAUAUUGGAAAAUGGAUGAACAAUUUGUAGAUUAUAUGACGAAAUAAUUAUAAUUUUAUUAUUAUAAAAUUGAAUAA